AUGGCCGAUACUGGAGCUCAAGAGAACCCGCAAGGACCUACGAGCCCGGCGCGAAGAGGUGGAAGGGGCCGUGGGCGUGGAAGGGGAGCACAUUCUGGUGUUGAGGACGGUCAUGAACAGUUUGGCUCUCGGGGACGAGGCAGAGGCGGCUCCUCAGGUGGCCGCGGACGAGGUGGUCGUGGGAGAGGGGACGGCACAAACAACCGCGGUGGGCGACUAGCAGUCGACAAGGGCAAAGCGCCCGCGGUGGAAGGAGAAGAGCGAAGCGAAGCUCUACCCACGAUCGCAAAACCGGCCUCAGAGGAGGCGGUGGACGACGAUGCAGAGGUCUGCUUCAUUUGCGCCUCGCCCGUGCAGCACACCGCCAUUGCACCAUGCAACCACAGGUCCUGCCACAUUUGCUCAAUUAGAAUGAGAGCUCUGUACAAGACUAAGGCUUGCGCGCAUUGUCGAACUGAGUCUGACCAUGUCAUCCUUACGGACGACCACGAGAAGCCAUAUCAGGAGUUCUCAGCCGGCGACUUCUUCAAGACCGAUGACAAUCUUGGAAUCAAGUUCGAGAAGGCAGAGAUUUUUGAAGACGCUAGGCUGUUGUUGCAGUACAACUGCCCGGACAGCGAGUGUGAUGUUGCGUGUUUGGGCUGGCCGGAUUUGCACCGUCAUACGAAGACGGCGCACGGCAAGGUUAUGUGUGACCUGUGUACAAGAAAUAAAAAGGUCUUUACGCACGAGCACGAGCUCUUUACCUUUGCCGAGCUCCGGAAGCACCAGAAGUUCGGCGACGACAACCCUGGCGCGAUCGAUCAGAGCGGUUUCAAGGGACACCCUGAGUGCGGAUUUUGUCGCCAGCGCUUCUACGGAGACGACGAGCUAUAUACACAUUGUCGAGACAAACACGAGCGCUGCCACAUCUGUGACCGUCGAGAUGGCAGCCGGCAACAACAGUAUUACGUCAAUUAUGACGCUCUUGAGCAGCACUUCCGGAAAGACCACUUCAUGUGUCCGGACCGAGAAUGUUUGGAGAAAAAGUUUGUCGUCUUUGACUCAGAAAUGGAUCUCAAAGCCCAUCAGAUCGAGGCUCAUCCGAAUGGUUUGACCAAGGACGCCCUUCGAGACGCGAGAAGGGUGGACAUGUCUGGAUUCGGGAACUUUCGCGCACCACAUGAGCAGGAGCACGGUAGGCGAGACGAUCGGAGACGAGAAGGUGGCAGAGCUCGUGGUAGAGGCAGGGAUCCAAACGCAGAAGCACUGCCUGCAUCAUCUGCGCAAACACUCAGCAGAGCAGAGCUUGCAUACCAACGACAGGUUGAAGCUCAGCAGUCUGGAGCAACUGGACGCACAUUCGGCGGUCAGCUCUCAGCUCCUACUCCCGGCGAGGCGUUUGCAGCUCGGCCCGCUCCCAGUGCAUCUGCACCAGCUACACAAACUGCAUCGAGACCCAGCCAACCAGCUAUGAACAACGUCACGAACGGCGUCGGCAACUUGAAUCUAAACUCACAGCCCACCGUACCACAGACUCCGCAAGACCAGGCGCGACUUCUGCGACACAACGCUGUUACCGAACGAGCAACGAAUAUGCUGCGGAACGACCAGAUCAAGUUGCAGCAGUUCCGAGCUGAUGUCUCAGCAUAUCGAAACGACAAGGUCUCACCAGCGCAGUUCAUCGAGGGGUUGUUUGCCCUUUUUGACAGCGAUUCGAAGGAGCUUGGCAAGCUGGUGAAGGAAUUGGCUGACAUCUUCGAGAUCCAAGCGAAGCAACAGGGACUGCUGAAGGCCUGGAGCGACUGGAAAGCGAUCAACGAGGACUACCCGUCAUUGCCUGGCUCGGCAACAGAACGCGCCUUGAACGGCGGUACUGCGACCAGUGGAGGAUCGAGAGUGCUGAAGCUCAAGAGCUCAACAGCACAGUCGCAACGGUCGCAAGCCAACCGAAAAGCAAGUUGGUCAACUGCGUCAUCGGGCAACGCAUUCCCCGCCUUGCCAGCAGCGGCCUCGUCAAGUCGCAGCGGCGGCAUCGGAGCCAAACCUGGCCAGACACCGUGGAUGUCCUCUUCAUCUAAACCUGCGCCUGUCCGCAGCACGGGUGUGUCGCCUGUUCCAUCUCGCGUUGCAUCGUCGACUGAGCUGGCCAACAAGAACAACAAGGCGAUCGCAGAUGCAUUCCCUGCUCUGCCCGCAGCACCCAAGCCAACAACCACCAUCUUCAGCCCUGGAUACACAGGUCUCGGUCUGCGACGGGACAACAGCGGUCGAAACACACCAGUCAACCAGGCUUGGGGCGCGCCAAGUGCUGGCGCAAGUGGAUCGACAACACCAGCAGUCGAAGACAGUGCAGGAGGCAAGAAGAAGGGCAACAAGAACAAGAAGCAGACACUGUUCCAUUUCGGUUAG